AGUUGUGCGCAUGCGUACGUAUUUGGACGCUGUACACCACGUAACUUUCACACUGCGUUUUCGUCAAUAUUUACAUACAAAAUAAGCUAAAAGGAACGUCACCACUUUGCAGUUUUCAGCACGUUAAUUCCGAACAUGGCGUUAAAUGUGUGCUCCCGGUUGACGAUGAGUAUUCCCCUCGUUUUAGCGAGCAGAAAUGUCGUUCCUGUCACAAGACUACCGGCAACGGGUUCAUGCUGGACACAUUUACGAUGCUUACACCAGACCCGUGCCAUUCGUUUUGACGGUGGGCUAUUGCGAAAUUUCAGCUCAUCAAGCCAGCCUUCAAUAGACGUGUCCUAUGAUCAGCUGAAGAAACUGCUGGUGUCCCGAUCCGGUGUGGUUAUAGACGUCCGUGAGCCGUGGGAACUCAGAGAGUACGGGAACAUUCCUGGGUCCAUUAACGUACCCCUGGGACAGGUGAAUGGAGCUCUGCAACUCAAGUCUGAAGUGUUCAAGGAGAAAUUUGGUGGAGAUAUGCCAACACACUCCCAAAAUAUUGUGUUCACCUGCCUAGCUGGUGUAAGAAGCAAAACAGCUCUGGAUACAGCAGUGGUUUUAGGAUACACCAACGUCCAGCAUUAUCCAGGUGGAUGGCAAGACUGGGCAGAACGUGAAAGAAUACAAACCAAAGUGUGAUCCUCACAUUGUAGACAUGGUAACCCUUUGAUAGGAAUUAAACUGACUUGUAUUACAAUCUGGUUUAUACCAUUGACACGAAGGUCAGAACAAGCCAUCAAGAUAUAGAAUUCAUGUGUUUUGACUUGCAAUAAAGGAAUGGUGUGGUUAUACUCUGUAUUGCCAAAAGUAUUCGCUCAUCUACCUUUAGACGCAUAUGAACUUAAGUGACAUCCCAUUCUUAAUCCAUAGGGUUUAAUAUGACGUCGGCCCACCCUUUGCAGCUAUAACAGCUUCAACUCUUCUGGGAAGGCUUUCCACAAGGUUAAGGAGUGUGUUUAUGGGAAUUUUUGACCAUUCUUCCAGAAGCGCAUUUGUAAGGUCAGACACUGAUGUUGGACGAGAAGACCUGGCUCGCAGUCUUCGCUCUAAUUCAUCCCAAAGGUGCUCUAUCGGGUUGAGGUCAGGACUCUGUGCAGGCCAGUCAAGUUCUUCCACACCAAACUCGCUCAUCCAUGUCUUUAUGGACCUUGCUUUGUGCACUGGUGCACAGUCAUGUUGGAACAGGAAGGGGCCAUCCCCAAACUGUUCCCACAAAGUUGGGAGCAUGGAAUUGUCCAAAAUCUCUUGGUAUGCUGAAGCAUUCAGAGUUCCUUUCACUGGAACUAAGGGGCCAAGCCCAGCUCCUGAAAAACAACCCCACACCAUAAUCCCCCCUCCACCAAACUUCACAGUUGGCACAAUGCAGUCAGACAAGUACCGUUCUCCUGGCAACCGCCAAACCCAGACUCGUCCAUCAGAUUGCCAGAUGGAGAAGCGUGAUUCGUCACUCCAGAGAACGCGUCUCCACUGCUCUAGAGUCCAGUGGCGGCGUGCUUUACACCACUGCAUCCGACGCUUUGCAUUGCACUUGGUGAUGUAUGGCUUGGAUGCAGCUGCUCAGCCAUGGAAACCCAUUCCAUGAAGCUCUCUACGCACUGUUCUUGAGCCAAUCUGAAGGCCACAUGAACUUUGGAGGUCUGUAGCGAUUGACUCUGCAGAAAGUUGGCGACCUCUGCGCACUAUGCGCCUCAGCAUCCGCUGACCCCGCUCUGUCAUUUUACGUGGCCUACCACUUCGUGGCUGAGUUGCUGUCAUUCCCAAUCGCUUCCACUUUGUUAUAAUACCACUGACAGUUGACUGUAGAAUAUUAAGUAGCGAGGAAAUUUCACGACUGGACUCGUUGCACAGGUGGCAUCCUAUCACAGUACCACGCUGGAAUUCACUGAGCUCCUGAGAGCGACCCGUUCUUUCACAAAUGUUUGUAGAAGCAGUCUGCAUGCCUAGGUGCUUCAUUUUAUACACCUGUGACCAUGGAAGUGAUUGGAACACCUGAAUUCAAUUAUGUGGAUGGGUGAGCGAAUACUUUUGGCUAUAUAGUGUAUGUCAAGCCUUAUGCACUUAUACUGUAUGAUGUGAGCAUUUGGCAUUCUCCCCAAACAUUUCAUUUGACGGAUAUAUUCAGUUGGAAUGGGAAGUACAGAAGCCUACAUUGUGUAAUACUAUAACUGAUAUUCAAAGGGCUACUGGCUUAUAAUACUUAUAAAUGUAAUAAAUAUUUUGAGCAGGUAUUCCAAAUAUUGUAUCUUUAAAUACUUGAAAGACAUUGUAUCCCAUGAUUUAUGGACUGAGCUUAGCACUGUGUUUAAUUAAAAUAAUUAUAUGUCAAGAAUUAUGUUUUUUGUAUUCUUGGAAAUAAAACUUUGUUACUACAUUGUGCUUAUCUGAAAACAGUAUAUCUGUUUUUUUUUAUCCAAAGUAUCCAAAUAAUGUAACAAUGUAUACCAAUUAAGUAUAUAAAUGGUAUAAAAAGUUAAACUUGUGCACAUAACUACAAAAAAAGGAUUUUUGCUGCUUGUUCAAUUUACUUAAUUAAAAUGAACGAAAGCAACACAAUUCUAGAAAAUGUUUUGUCCCAACUUGAUUUCAUUGCGUUUUAUCCACUUAAAUUUUUUAAAUGGAAGUUUACUUAAUCCAUUUGAGUUGGGACUACAUGAAUACUUUUUGUGGUGUUAAAUUAGCAUUGAUGAAACUGGGCAGCGGACUUUAAUUUGCCAGCAUCCUUUGCAUUGGACUCGAUAGGGAGCAUAAAUGUUAAAAUUAAGUGUUAUUUUAUGUGUUUUUGUGCAAGAUGAAAAUAAAGGGGGAUACUUGUUAGUGUUUAAUGUUUUGUUAUGUUGAGAUUAAGAAGAGUUUCUGUUAUGUUGGAGUUUUGGGGUUUCCAUUACACUGUAAUAACUGAUUUUAAGGUGUAGCUGUACCAACUAUCUUUGAGUUCACAAAACUAAAAUUCAUGCCAACUUGUUAAGCUUUGAUUAUCUUAACUUGUACUUAAGUUGAAUUAAUAAUCGUAUUUGCCAUUUCAACUCACUUUUUAGUUUACUGAAAAUGAUUUGCCACCUCCAUGAAUAAAUAAUGAGGUUAGUGUGGUAGGCCUUUUGUUUUUUUGUUGUUGUUUUUUGUUUUUUAUUUAUUUUAUUUUUUUGCCGAUGUGUGGACUUUAUUUGUGCUGUUUUUGUUGUUUUUGUUAUUACUGUUAGUUAAUAGUUGUGUGGUGAUGUUAAUAGCUUACAGUUGAAGUCAAGUUUACAUACACUCUCAUAAGUCAUUAAAACUUAUUUUUUAACCACUCCACAGAUUUCAUAUUAGCAAAAUCUAGUUUUGGCAAGUCAUUUAGGACAUCUGCUUUGAGCAUGACACGAGUAAUUUUUCCAACAAUUGUUUACAGACAGAUUGUUUCAGUUUUAAUUGACUAUAUCACAAUUCCAGUGUGUCAGAAGCUUACAUAUACUAAGUUAAAUGUACCUAUAAGCAGCUUGGAAAUUUUCAGAAAAUGAUGUCACGCCUUUAGCCAAUUAGCUUCUGAUAGGAUAAUUGGAGUCAAUUGGAGGUGUACCUGUGGAUGUAUUUUAAGGCCUACCUUCAAACUCAGUGCCUCUUUGCUUGACAUCAUGGGAAAAUCAAAAGAAAUCAGCCAAGACCUCAGAAAAAUUUUUUGGACCUCCACAAUUCUGGUUCCUACUUGGGAGCAAUUUCCAAAUGCCUGAAGGUACCACAUUCAUCUGUACAAACAAUAGUACGCAAGUAUAAACACCAUGGGACCAUGCAGCCAUCAUACCACUCAGGAAGGAGACACAUUAUGUCUCCUAGAGAUGAACUUAGUUUGGUGCGAAAAGUGCAAAUCAAUCCCAGAACAACAGCAAAGGACCUUGUGAAGAUGCUGGAGGAAACAGGUAGACAAGUAUCUAUAUCCACAGUAAAACAAAUCCUAUAUUGACAUAACCUGAAAGGCUGCUCAGCAAGGAAGAAGCCACUGCUCCAAAACCACCAUAAAAAUGCCAGACUACAGUUUGCAAGUGCACAUGUGGACAAAGAUCUUACUUUUUGGAGAAAUGUCCUCUGGUCUGAUGAAACAAAAAUUUAACUGUUUGGCCAUAAUGACCAUCGUUAUAUUUGGAGGAAAAAGGGUGAGGCUUGCAAGCCGAAGAACACCAUCCCAACCGUGAAGCAUGGGGGUGGCAGCAUCAUGUUGUGGGGGUGCUUUGCUGCAGGAGAGACUGGUGCACUUCACAAAAUGGAUGGCAUCAUGAGGAAGGACAUACGUGGAUAUACUGAAGCAACAUCUCAAGACAUCAGCCAGAAAGUUAAAGCUUGGUCGCAAAUGAGUCUUCCAAAUGGACAAUGACCCCAAGCAUACCUCCAAAGUUGAAAUGGCUUAAGGACAACAAAGUCAAGGUAUUGGAGUUGCCAUCACAAAGCCCUGACCUCUAUCCGAUUUAAAGGCAAUGCUACCAAAUACUAACAAAGUGUGUGUAAACAUCUGACCCACUGGGAAUGUGAUGAAAGAAAUAAAAGCUGAAAUAAAUCAUUCUCUGUUCUAUUAUUCUGACAUUUCACAUUCUUAAAAUAAAGUAGUGAUCCUAACUGACCUGAGACAGGGAAUGUUUUCUACAAUUUUAGUAACUGUGAAAAACUGAGUUUAAGUGUAUUUGACUAAGGUGUAUUUAAACUUCUGACUUCAACUGUAUAUUUUAUUUAAUGGUGUUUGUUGAGUGUCACCAUUACUGAGCUUUGUAUUGAAAACUCUGUGCCUCCUGUUCAAACUAUUUGUCAUGUGUAUUGUGUUGAUUCAUGUCUUUUAUUUUGAAAAGUUUUGUUCCUGUUCUCUUGUCAUGUGAUUUCAUGUUUUCCCUCCAUGUUCAUGUGUCAUGUUUUCAUUGGUUUAUUGUUUAAUUAUCUUGUUAGAGUUCUGUUUGUUCAUUGGUUUAUGUUCUCCCAUGUCUUGUAUUUAAGCCCUCAUCUUUGCAUUGUCUAGUUGUCAAGUAUUGAAUAUAUGUGGAUGUGUUUUUGUUCUUGUUCUAGCCAAGUCAAGUCAAGCCAAGCCAUGUUAUGUUUAUGUCAAGUUUUAAGUCUAGUCAAGUUCAUGUUUAUAGUUAGGGUUUUGUUUUCACUUUUGUAAAUAAACUG